UAUGAUGUAACACAGAAAGUUCCGGACCAGCCAGCUUACGUUAAAGGUCGUCAUAACAGCCGACAGAACCGCGUACGUCUUUAUUAGCCAGCAAAGUCCGAAAUCUUCCCUAUAAUCAUCAAAAUGCCAAGAGGAAGCAGAAGCCGAACAUCUAGGAUGGCCCCUCCAGCCAGCCGGGCCCCACCUCCACCAAUGGCCAGGGCCGCUCCCCCUCCCUCCUACGCCCCGGCCCCGGUGCACGCUCCUCCAUCUGCUGUGGGUGCUCCGGCUGCCGCGCCCAGGCAGCCCGGCAUGUUUGCCCAAAUGGCGACCACGGCCGCUGGAGUGGCAGUGGGCUCUGCCGUAGGACACACCCUCGGCCACGCCAUGACUGGAGGCUUCGGCGGAGGAAGCUCUGAGCCCGCCAAGCCCGACGUCACAUACCAGGAGCCGUACCAGCAGCAGCCCCAGUCCAUGUACCAGCAGCAGCCCCAGUCCAUGUACCAGCAGCAGCCCCAGGAACAGCAACAGGCCUGCUCCUAUGAGCUCAAACAGUUUGUCGAGUGUGCCCAAAACCAGAGCGACUUCAAGCUCUGCGAGGGCUUCAGCGAGGUGCUGAAACAGUGCAAGUCCUCUUAUGGUCUGUCAUGAGGCAAACUCCAGGAGAUUGAAGAGCACACGCACAAACUAUGUUGAGCCUACGUGUGGGACGAAUACUAGGAGUGUUUUAACUUGUAACAGAUCAAUAAACAUAUUCUGACAACUGAUCGUUAGACAGCAUCAUUGUGUUCAUUCUCAGGAUAUUGCCGCAGUUUGUAAUAAUAGUCGUAUAAAUAGUGUUUAUAUAAUUUGCUGCAUGUUGAUUUCAAUUGUUGUCAUCAGUGAUUUCCAUUGGCUGCAGUGCUUUUGAUUUAGAUGAAUGAACCUGUUUCCAGCCUCUGGCUUGUCUGAGGUUUGUUUGCAACGCUUCUCGAUUUCAAAAUAAUAAAGCACUUGAAU